AUGUCAAAAAUUGCUGAUGGUAAUUACACUGCAGUUAUUUACACAUUGAUCAAAGAAAAACAGUAUAAUGAUGUUAUUGAAAUCAUUAGCAACAUGUCUGAUAACAAUAGAAAUACGAGGCCUGGCUUAUCUUUAUUAGCCUACUGCUACUAUUAUACAGAUGACUUCCAAAACGCAUCAACUAUAUAUGAACAGCUAGCCGCACUAUGGCCACAGGAGACUGAUUAUAAGCUACAACAUGCUCAAUCACUUUACUCUGCUGGACGAUAUGAAGAUGCUCUGAGAGCAGCGAACGGAAUUACUACGAGUGGUUAUGAAAAUAAAGUUCGAAAACUAACUGCUGCAAUUAGAUAUGGCAUGGAAGACAUAGCGGGUGCCCGGUCUUUGUUGGAAACCAAUUCUGGGCUUAAUGAUGAUCCGGACACAGACAUCAACUACGGAUGCCUUCUCUACAAGGAGAGCCGGUAUGAAGAAGCAUUACAGAAAUUUUUAAAUGCACAAACAAUGCUUGGCUACAGGCCCCAUUUGUCAUACAGUGUUGCGCUGUGCUAUUACAAACUAAAGGAUUUCACCUCAUCACUGAAACACAUAGGUGAUAUUAUCGAUAGAGGCAUAAGAGAACACCCUGAACUGGGAAUUGGCAUGACUACUGAAGGGAUUGAAGUUCGUAGUGUCGGUAACACUCUGACACUUCAUGAAUCAGCCUUGGUUGAAGCGUUCAAUUUGAAAGCUGCAAUCCAGUUUGAAAAGAACGACAUUGAUAGUGCAAGGGAAGCAAUGACGGACAUGCCACCAAGAUGGGAAGAAGAAUUGGACUCGGUCACAUUGCAUAACCAGGCAUUGUGUUCGAUGGACAUGUCGCCUACACAAGGGUUUCAUAAACUACAGUUUCUCAUGCAGCAGUCAACUUAUCCACAAGAAACGUUACAAAAUCUAAUGAUUUUAUACUGCAAACAUGGAUACCAUGAUUUGGCUUCUGACGUCAUUUCAACAUAUUCACCAGUCAAGGAUAAAUAUCUAUCGAACUAUAUACGGGAAUUUGUGGAUGCUGUUAUCGCACAACAAUCUUCCCCCGAUGAAGCAUAUCGCAAACUUGACAAUAUGGCUAAUAAAUUAGUUGAUUCUUUGCGUAAAGCCACACGAUCCGUACAAGAGUCAAGAGAAGCCAGAGAUGAUAAAAGAGCUAAGAGUGCUUUACUUGAUUAUGAAAAUACUCUAGAAAAAUUUAUACCAGUCACGAUGGCUCAAGCAAAAAUCUACUGGGAUCUAGAAAACUAUGCUCAAGCAGAAACUAUAUUUUAUAAGUCCGUUGAGUUCUGUAAUGAAAAUGAUACAUGGCGAUUACAUGUAGCUCAUGUUUUAUUUAUGCAAGAAAAAUUCAAAGAAGCAAUUGCAUUUUAUGAACCAAUUGUAAAAAAGAAUUACAACAAUAUUCUGUCAGUGAGUGCCAUUGUAUUAGCCAACCUAUGUGUGUCUCAUAUAAUGACUGCACAAAACGAAGAAGCUGAAGAGUUAAUGAGAAAAAUUGAAAAGGAAGAAGAGCGACUAUAUUAUCAAGAGCCCGAAAAAAAAGUUUUUCACCUUUGUAUAGUCAAUCUAGUUAUUGGAACCUUAUACUGCUCAAAAGGAAAUUAUGAAUUUGGGAUUUCAAGAGUUAUUAAAAGUUUAGAACCUUAUAAUAAAAAGCUGGGAAUGGACACAUGGUUUUAUGCUAAACGAUGUAUGUUGUCAUUGAUUGAAAACAUGACAAAACACAUAAUCGUCAUGAGAGAUUCAUUUUACAAUGAAUGUUUAGUGUUUCUUAACCAAUGUGAAUUUCACGGCAAGGAGGUGGCAACAAUGCCUGAUGAAGAGGAAUCGACUGGCAAAAAAGAGUUGAACAAUGUGACCUGUGAAGCUAGGCUUUUAAAAUCACUUAUACUUCGUCAAUUAGAGUAUUAA